AAACAGUGGGCGUGACUUCAUUUUGUAGUUCUUUCUCUGUAAACAACAUGCCGCCUGCAGGUUCGGAUCCUUCAGAUGUGAACGAGGAGAACAAGCCCUCUAAAAAUGUCAUUGCACAUAUAUCACAGUUUGCUGACGAUAACUUAACGUUUGUCCGGAACAUCAGCACAUGUCUUGGUCUCGUGGGUCUUCUCAUCAUAGCGAGGAGCAUUAGACUGAUUACAAAAUUUGGCUCUGCAGCUGAUAUUCCAGCACGAUUCAUUGAGAGAAACAUCAGUAUCAGAGGAAGACUAAGAAAUAUUACCGAAAAAGGGCUCGAAGUGGAACACAUUCCAAUUUAUGUCCCUUUGCUCAGUCGCCUAGUUACUAAACGUCAGCCCGUGACCCUUCUGGAUGUGCGUCUGGCUGGAGUGGAGCUGACCGCAGAAGGGCAGGACUGGAUUGGUCAACAGCUGAAGCCAGCUGAGACGGUGUGGCUCCGACUGAUCGCUCGACAGAGCGAGACCCUCCACUGCCUAGUGUCGGUUAACAGGGGCUCACUCUUUAACACCUGUAUGAAUGAGGAACUUUUGAGGCUUGGUUUGGCUAGGACUUCUCCUUUUGUGGGUCUGGACUCUCACUCUCGGAUCUACUGGCGUCUCUAUAAGCGCUUUCUGAGGGCCGAGAGCAGAGCAGAGAAAAAAGGCAAAGGCCUGUGGAAGGAAGAGAGUCGCUGGGAGAGAGCUGCUAAUGUCUUGAGGAACAAUAUGCCCUUCAUCUCAGUUAAAAAACUUUUCAAAUGGAUGUCAGGGGCUAAAGAGAAGUGAAAUAUUCAAAAAACAAGGUUGGUUAUUCAUUGUGCAGAGUUGUUUUGUUUGAAGUAUUUAUUCUAAAUGUGCUAUAUUACUGAUCUCAGACCUGAUAAGCAGCAAUAAAACUUGAAAUGAUUG